UCCACUCGCACCAGUAUCCCCACGCCGCCCACGCCAACGCCAUGCCCCCCGCCAUGGGCGCCUCUGUCAACGACGCCCUCAAGAGAGAUAAAGAUGCCAUCUACGGACACCCCCUGUUCCCUCUUUUAGCACUGAUUUUUGAGAAAUGUGAAUUAGCUACAUGCACGCCCAGGGAGCCCGGGGUAGCGGGAGGCGAUGUUUGCUCCUCUGAGUCUUUCAAUGAAGAUAUAGCAGUGUUCGCCAAACAGAUCCGAGCAGAGAAACCCCUCUUUUCCUCUAAUCCUGAACUGGAUAACUUGAUGAUUCAAGCCAUACAAGUUUUAAGGUUUCAUCUUUUGGAAUUAGAGAAGGUACACGAAUUAUGUGACAAUUUCUGCCACCGGUAUAUUAGCUGUUUGAAAGGAAAAAUGCCUAUCGAUUUGGUCAUAGACGAUAGAGAGGGCGGAUCAAAAUCGGACAGUGAAGACAUAACAAGAUCAGCAAAUCUAACAGACCAG